CACACAGUCACGCGGGGAUGAAAGGAGAUCAUUUAAAAAAACGCACCGGAAACGAAGUGAGGAUCAUUAUUAGUGUCGCAUACCUAGUGCUUAAUUUGGCCCCGGUUAAUGUGAAUUAUUAUCAUACUUCGGCGAAAUUCUUCUGCGUGGCACGACAAGCGUAUGUGACUGAUUCAAAUUGAAAGUACCAUUUCUUUCUUGUUCGAUUACAUGAACUUAAUGAAUAUUAAACUCGACGUUUGGAUACAUAGAGAGAGGGAGGGGAAAUUCAAGAGAGAAACAAGAAAGGCGGACUGUGCUACGUGGUUAUUCUUCGCAAUAUUUUGAACGGAAUUUAUCUAAUGAAGGAAAUAUAAGCGGAAGCCUGCCAUUAGAGUACAAGUGGUGAAAAUAAUCAGGAUAUAAUUUGUCUAAUCACCAAAUGGAAGUACCCGGAUGUUCAAUAUAACGGCUUAUACACCAUCCGAAGACAACGUCGAAGGCAGGACAAUACACCUGGUUUACUCUCAAAUAUGAUAAGAAUCAUAUGGUCGUCGAGACGGCUUAUAUUAGCAUGGUGUUUGGCACUUAUAUUCACAAUCAUGAUUAGCGUGAGAACAACACCCCGACAUAUCACCAGGGCACGGACGAAAAAUCAAGAAAGUGAAGGUUUGAAUGUGAGUUCCUCCUUGCCUAAGGGGUGUCCUACGAUGGACUGUGCUUGUACUACUAGCUCAAGGCAGGAUGGACAUAAAAACCAGCCAUCAUCUGACGCAAAAUGUACUACGCAUUCAAGAUUUGAACUCAACAAAAGCUAUCAAGUCAAUGUAUCAAGUAUCGAUAUUGCAUCUAUCGAAGAUAUCGUAUUUGGUGACGAUCGUUCCUGCGCAGAAACGUACGUAGAGAGUGUAAGCGCAGCCUUGAUGACGUCAUCGUCUGAUAAAUUAACACCGUACUAUAAAAACCAUACAGCAUUCAUUGAGGCCGAAAAAGGCGGUAUACAAAUAGGAAAUUACACCUAUUCUCCAGGGGGAAGGUGGAAACCUACAAAUUGUAAGCCUAAAUGGAAGGUCGCAAUCGUCAUUCCAUAUCGGGACAGAUUGGAACAUCUCGGAAUUUUAUUACGUAAUCUUUACCAAGUAUUAACUCUUCAAAACCUUGAGUUUGGCAUCUUCGUGUCGGAACAGGCCAAUGAUAAUGUGUUUAACCGUGGUCUAUUAAAGAAUAUCGGAUACAUGGAAGCAACCAACUUUGGAUCGUGGGACUGUGUGAUAUUUCACGAUAUCGACCAGAUACCGAUGAGGGCGACAAACUGGUAUGGCUGCGACGAGAUGCCAAGACACUUGUGUGCGUACGCUGAAGAGCUUGGAUUCAAAUUACUCUACGGAAGCAUAUUUGGCGGAGUUGUUGGGUUAACAGCAGAACAGAUGAAGAAGUCAAAUGGAUAUUCCAAUGUUUACUGGGGGUGGGGUGCCGAGGAUGAUGACCUUCGAUCAAGACUCGCUAAAGUUGAAUAUAAAAUUCAUCGAGCCUCGGGCGAAGGCUACUACAAGACGUUGAAACAUAAGAAGAAGUCAGCAAGCCAAAUCUGCCCUGAAAGGUUUUGUUUGUUUAGUCGAUUUGCUGAACGAAUGGAGUGGGAUGGCAUUAACAAUACACGAUACACCGCCAACGUUACGCUCAAUCUACUAUUUACUCACAUAGCUGUUGACGCGAGGAAGGAGGACUGGAACAUAUUUCCUAAAUGCCAGAAGUAGUGGACUGGAGGGAGAUGACUAAAACACACUGACUUAAAAGUUGCUCGACUGGCAACUACACACUGCACAAACUCCGGUGUUGAUUUAACACCAGCCUGGAAUCUAUAUUUGUCCACACCAGAAAAGUGUUAACCAAUAC